AUGAUCUCGCGUAUUAUCAAUUUGAUAAAGACGGUAAACUAUGUAGUCUAUGUCAUGGCGACUCAUGAGAUGGGUCUUGAGCACAAGAAGAAAGAGGCCGGGACUCACUUCCGCAAAAAUGCUUAUCUGCGUAACCGGUUCGGUGUGCUCCCGCGCCGUAAUCCCAAGCCUGAGCAGGCAAGAUGGUUCGAGUCCUUGAAGGGUCACUACUGGGGUCAUUUAUGCAAUCAUUUCGAAGAAGAUGGUAUUAUCUACAUCGAUGCCUUCAUGCACAACAACGACUCUCUAAGGGCAUUCCCCUCCAUGCAUCCGGAGGUAGAUGCUGGAAAGGCGGAUGUCCCGCCGGUCGGGAAGUUUGUCCGGUUCAAGAUCGAUCCGAACUCCAAGUCGACCGAGCUGGAGCUGCCCACUAUCCUCAGCGACAUCCCCGGGGAGUUAGCGCGUUGCGAUGACCGCUACACAGGGAAGCCGUAUAACCACGCCUUCAGGGCUCCUUUGGUCUGGAAGGCCGGCGAGCACACCACGGUGGGUGAGCCGUGCUUCGUACCGCGGUCGGCAGACUCGCCCGAGGGAGAUGGCUACUUGUUCACCCGCUGCCAGGACCAGAAGACUGGUUACGGCAGCCUGGCGAUCCUGGACGCCGCAGAUAUAAAUGCCGGCCCCGUCGCCGUUAUUGAACUGCCCUUCCGAGAUCACGACGGCGUCCACGGCCAAUGGGUUGAUGCCUCUCGGUUCGACUCUAGAAAGCCGUUGGUCGAUUACGCUGGCGUUACGCCGGAGCUUCAGGGGAAGUUUGGAACCGGCGCGCCGAAGCCCUACGAUGACUUGAAUGCUAGGCCUGUGCUGAGGACGGUGGGCGCAAAACUGGACGGAACCCUGUAG